AUGGCAGCAAAUGACCCUUAUGACAGUACUUUUGGAGAGGAAGAGCAUAUCCUUCCCUUACCGAACAACAGACAACUAGCCUACGCCCACAACGGGCCUGCCACAUCUCGGACCGUGAUUAUAUUCUUCCCUGGCCUCUUUGGCGUCGGAAGGGUACCGAGAGUAUCUGAAGCGUGCCGCGAUCUCCAGGCACAUUUUAUCGCGCCGACACUCCCAGGAAUGGGAAAGACCAGUACCCGUGACAAAUCGGUGCCCUAUCACGUCUCACUUGCUAGAGACAUAUCCGCCCUCCUCUCUCACCUCUACCCGACAGAUGCGUUUGAUACUCUAUAUCUGUCCGGCGGAUCUUACGGCACUGUCCCUACGCAGAUGCUAUAUGGAGCAUCGUAUGAGUUAUUCCCCGCUGGACGCAAGAUUGCAGGUUGUCUCUUGAUUGCCGGCUUCUCUCCACUGAAAUACCACGAGGGCUAUGCCAAAACGCUUAGCUGGCAGAACUGGUUCUCUUUCGGCCCGCCUACACAGCUACUGCCUUUUCAUCUUCUACAGUGGCUCUUUCGGAUGGUUGUUGGGUCACACAUGAAUACUCAAGACGGUGCAGAAGCGUUUCUACAGCAACACAUUUUCAGCAAGAUGGACGACGCCGAACGGUCCAAAUUCGAGCAAUGGCUUGGGAUAAACGGCCUGAGUGAGGACUCUUUUAUCGCAAAAAUGGCUAGCGAUACUAUCAGGUGUAACCAGAAUUGGGAUGGGUUUAUGGAGGUAUCGGAUGUCAUGCAUUCGGAUUGGGGAUUUGAGCCUAAGGCGCUUGAUGAUGAGCAUGCGUCGAAACCCAUGCUGGUUGUCGGCUCAAGUGAUGAUCAACUUGGGGGGGCGAGUAAUGAUUGGCUUGUGGGGAAUUAUAGGUCUGUUAGGCUCAAAUUGUUGCCUGGUGGUCAUAUUUCGGCCCUGUUUUAUAUGGAUGAGCUGUGGGAAGACUUGUUCGGGGUUGUAAUGAGGACAUGA